AUGGAUGGCGGUGGGGGAGACUCUAAUAUAAUUAGUCUGCGGGGUUCACGAGGUUUAGGUUCUUCAUCCGAGUUGGGAUCAUACUCAACCUAUCUAAUGCCUGGGGUAAGGAUUUGGCCUUCUAAGGUAUUGACUACUACUACUACUGCUGCUGCUGCUGCCGCUGCUGCCGCCGCUGCUGCUGCCGCCGCCGUUGCCGCCGCCGCUUCCGCCGCUUCUGCCGCUGCCGCCACCGAUGCCGCCGCCGCUUCCGCCGCUGCCGCCACCGAUGCCGCCGCCGCUGCCGCUGCCGCCGCCACUGCCGUGGUCAACGCAUUGUUGCAACGUUACAUCCCAAUCUGGAUCUACAGGAUGUCUACUAACGACUUGCCUUGGAUUGAAUUGGUGUAA